AUGGACUCGAUGAAUAAUGUAGUGACGACGACCACCACAGUGACCGCCAUUGCCAGCACCGUGCAUCAGCUCGUCCCCGCCACCGUGUCCCCCGCACCGCCCCCCACAGCAGCCACGGCGACGGCAGCAGCAGCAGCUUCAGUAGCGAUUGGUGGCAAAGUAGCGCCACCGGCAUUCUCACGACUACCACCGGAUGGGCAUGAGUUCCCGCCGAACUUCAGCGAACCUUCCGCUAUCAACUCCUCCGGGGGGGCUCCCGUCACUCCGCCGCCGCCGCCGCCACCGUCCGGAGCCGCGAUGACCAUCAUGAACGGCGGUGGCAUGACGGCGGGCGCAGCACCGGCCAAAUCGAACGACAAACAUUCCAGUUUCAACGACGAUUUGCCCGAUCUACCGAAAAGUCACCCACCGAUGGUGCCCCGGAAGGCGGUACUGCCGUCACCGCCGAAGGUCAAUGGAACCCUGGAGCACCCGGCGGGGCCACAGGACAGCUACCGCAAACCGCCUCCCUUCCCGACGCGCAGCUCUUCGAUCGCCGAAUCGAUGCUCAGCCGCAAGGACUACCAAGCGCUCCAGGCCAGCACCGUGGGAGACGGGGCGCAGUUCCGUCGCCGCUCGGUCGAUGUCCCCGAGCACCCUCACACCAAACCCCCACCACCACCCGGGGGUGGCCGGGUGUCGCUGCUCGGCUCGAACUGGCGCAAGGACGAGAAGUCGGAGCGGAGCGUCCGGGACAAGAUCGCCAUGUUCUCGUCGGCGGCGGCGGCCGACGGUGGCGAAGCGCCCCUCCUACCAGCGCCGACCCCGCUGGGCGGUGGCCGGAAGUUUAGCAAAGAUUUCACCAAAAGCUCGGAGAACCUGCUUGGCGGCGGCGGCGCUGGCCCGAAGCGGUCGGCGGUCGUGGAGGCGAUCGAGACGUACGCAACGCUCCGGAAGAAGGCGCACAGCGUGGAGAACCUGGACGAGGUGGACAAGGCCGCCGCCGUCGGCCUGCACGGCGGCAGCCAGCGGAUGCUGGCGACGGAGCCCUCGCCAAAGUUCAGCCUCGAGACCUCGAAGCCCGUCGUGCUGGGGAAGGCGUACAGCGUGGAGAACCUCAACCCGCAUCAGCAGCCGAAGAAGUUCGGAUUCGAAAAGGCGACGGACGCGGCGGACGUGGGCAAGGUCCUUGCCCGGACCAUCAGCUUCUCGGCGGGGUACUCGAACGGCUCGUCGGUCGGCAGCCCUGGGACGGGCGACGAGCGCUGGAAGUCGUCCAUCUCCAGUCUGCUGGAGCAGCGCAAGAAGUCGAUGUCGAAGCUCCGGGGCCUGGUCAUCCCGGAGAAGGUGCCCGAGGCGGAGGUGCUGGCCGACUCGCGCAUCCUCGGGCUGCCGAUCAUCAAGAGCAAGGACUCGGAGAUCAUCCUCUCGUCGGCCGUCGUCCUGCCCAAGGAGAGUGCACCGGCGCUACCGUCGCCACUGUCCUACGGCCGCCGGACCAGCACCCUGCCGACGCCCUCCAAGUCCAGUCUGAACUCGCUGGCCAAGACCGCGGACUUGAUGCUGGGACCCAUGCCGUACAAGCCGCGCUCGAACUCGCUGGUGCCGGCCGACAGCAAGCAUUCCGAGUCGGAGGAAUCAGAGUCCGCGCCGGUCAGUAGCUUCCGGAAGCCGCUGCCCCCGAUGCCACCGGCCAAACCGCCUCGCACUUCGCUGGUGUAUCCACCGCCGAAGGGUGGCUCGAUGGACUGUCUGCGCAGCACGGAGGACGAGAGUGGCGACGAAGGCGACGAUAGUGACUCGGUGCUGAGCUCGCGGGUCUCUUCGCCACCGGUGUCCCCGGUGGCACCGGCGCCCCCGGUCGAGAAGUACGCCCUGACGCGUACCCUCAGCUCGGAGACGAACACUUCGAUCACGAGUUCCAACUCUUCGACGCUCACGACGAGCUCGGCCGGAUCGCAGGCCAGCUGCAGCUCGGUCGGCAGCACGCCGCCCACCGUCGACCUGAGCCGGAAGCUGUCGAAGUCGUCCUCCUCCACGUCGGAGGCCACGAUGAACCGCAAGAACGUGCUGGCGUCGGCCAAGUGCCGCAGCGGACGCGGCGGUGAACUGCUGAAGAUUGGGCCCGGAGGCCAGGGAGGCGAGACGGACCUGAAGGCGAAGGGCCGGUACGAGGAUGGGGACAGCACGGACGGGUACGAGGAGGAGGAACGCCGCAAGGUCUCCAAGUCUAAGACCCGAGGCGGGGCGGUGGCGGGAACACUGAACGGGAAGUCGGGAGCUGGAGAUUCGCCUCCUGCGAAGGAACUGACCCACUACAAGGUGGUGGACGCCCCGACCGCCAACAGUCUCGUCGACAAGGUGAUCAAGGUGGCGUCGUACGUCGAGGUGGUGUCCGACCUGGACGACACCACGCCGGAGGCCAUCGAGGAGCUGGUCCUGCCGCCGAAGAAGGAGAAACCGCUGGCGGUGGCCCCGAUCCCCGUUCCGGUCCCGGAGAAGAAGUCCUCUCGCUCGCAAUCGGUCACGGGCGAUGCACCGAUGUCCGACCUCGCCAAGUGGGUGCGCCAUGAAGCGGCCCGGACAACCCACAACAAGGAAGCGGAAGCGAAGGUGCCGAACGUGCCACGGUUCGGCGCCACAGUUGCUGCACCCCGCCCGGAUCCGGUCCCCGUCAAGCGUGAGCUCCGGUCGUCGGUGGAAACGAAGAAGCUGAACCUGGCCGAGAUCCGCAAAUCGUUCGAAUCGAAGUCGGCCAACAGUACGGUCAUCCCGGCGCCGGUCAAGCAGUCGACGCCGGCGAAGGAGCCCCAGGUCCAGCCACCGGUUGCUAUCGUCGCCGUCGCCACCGCCGCGACGACGGCCACCAACGGGGUCACGCCAAAAAGUCAGAACGCCAGCGGGCACGAUCGGUUCUCGUCCUGGGACUCGCUCGCGUCCUCCUCGUCGGGUGUGUCCUCACUGCAGACGGGUGCCCAGAACUGUUCCGGCUCGUCGCAAACCCUGCAAAGCACGCCGUCCGACUACGGGAGCUACUCGUCGCUCGGCAGCAGCCACAGUCUGAUGACGCCCCAGGACCUGCAGCUCAUAAUCGAGGAAGCGGACCCGCCGCUGGCCACACCCGACGCGUUCGUUGUGGUGCUGCAGCGCGAAACCCCCGAGAGCAGCAUCGGCAUCACGCUGGCCGGCGGUUCCGACUACGAAGCGAAAGAGAUCACGAUCCACAAAAUUCUCACCAACUCACCGGCGGAGAAGGACGGCCGGCUGCGGAAGGGCGAUCGGAUCCUGUCGAUCAACGGGCUCAGCAUGCGCGGCCUGACGCACCGCGAGUCGCUCAGUGUACUUAAGACGCCGCGGCCCGAAGUGUUGAUGGUCAUCACCCGCUCGAAAUCGCUCGUCGUGACGGACGCCAUCGCCAAAUCGCUGAAGCGGCCGUCGAUGGGUUCGCUCAGCUCGCUGGCGGAGAAGAGCGAACUCGGCAACACGGAACUGAACCUGAAGAUCCAGCACAAGGCGUCCCGCUCGCUCGAUCUUGACCACCUCGAUGUGGCGUCCAACGAAGCCGAGAGCGUGUUCGACGGGACGACGACGGGGUCAGAGGACGGACUGCUGUCGACGGACGGCGGACAUUCUCCGUCCCACUCGCUCACGCGCACCGUGGCCCCGAUGGCGGGCGAACUUCCGGCCGGUUCCGGUCGCAUCGUGGACGUGCUGAAGGACGGGGCCGGUCUCGGGUUUUCGAUCGAAGGCGGCUUCGACUCGCCGGCCGGCAACAAGCCGCUGGUGAUCAAGAAAAUCUUCAUGGGUGGUGCCGCGGAAAAGUCAGGCGUGCUGCGUGCCGGUGAAGAGAUUGUUGCCAUUAACGACGUUUCGAUCGCGAAGAUGACGCGGAUACAGGUGUGGAACAUGAUGAAGAAGCUGCCGAACGGGAGUGUGCGGCUUACGCUGAAGUAGAAACGAAGGCCCCCCAACCGGCGGAUACGACCACGGCCCCGGGGGGACCCGAUGUUAGACGGUCUCUAUAUUGACACGCGAGCGCGAUCAUAUUUACCUUUAUUUUAUUCGUAAACUUUCGCGAACGUUUUGUUAUGUUGAUCCGUUUUUCUUUUAUUAUCGAUCGUACCCCCUUCGCACUUCCGUCCCCCCCGCCUGGACGGCGGGAACGGACUGUACAGAUUCAGUGGCGAAACAAUGGUUUGAAACUUUCCUUUUAACGGCCACGCCACGCCACGCCACCGCCUGGAUUUGCUUGCUCACAAAUGCAUUUAAUGUUUUGUUGUUUGGGCAUCAUUUUGGGCACGAACGCUCUACGUGGCAAGCAUCGGAUCCGGAUCCGAUUAAACAGCAGCAGCAACAAUCGAACACGUCCACUGGUAAGGUAGACAAGUCUCCGAUCGUUUGUAGUAACAUCAAGGCGGCCCCCCUCCCAACUAAACGUAAGCAAACUAACCCAUAACGCACGGUUCCUUCAGAUCCAGAUCGAAGCAGAGUCUCGGCGAUCGGCAGCCCCAGCUGCUGCCGGUGAACCGGUAUCGGUAAUGUUAACUUCUUUUAAAACAUGUAAAUUGGAUUAAGCAAACGAAUAAAAAAGGAAGCACCGAGAAAUGGCUGGAACGUGGCGCGAGAUUUAGCGAAGAGCGUCGCCGGCACGCUCGAGUAACUCCCGAAGUGAUCAUAACCUAACGCCACCCCGUCAAGGCUGUAAAUUUCUUGCCCGAGCGAU